AAAUGAAUGGGAUGCCAUCGUGAACCAUUCUCUUCUCAACAACCUUACACUUUACGCCCUUCAUAAUGGCUCUUUCAAGCGAUGAGGUUGUCACGAUUGACAACUUCGAGUCCAAACUCGCGAAGUUUAGCGCUGAUGGUUGUGGUCUCUUUGGCCUCGUAGACAUGGGAAGCAAUGGCAUUCGAUUCUCCAUAUCAGACCUCACGCCGCCAAAUUCACGACUCUUGCCUUGCAUAUACCGCGAGCGCGCCGGAAUCUCCCUGUACGAUGCGCUCCACGAGUCCAAACCCGGCUCUGUGCCGUUCGUGUUUUCCCCAGGGAUUAUCGACAAGGUCUCCAAGACUCUAGCAAGAUUCGCCUACAUCUGCAAACAAUACAAAGUCCCCGAUAAUCAGAUCAGCGUUUUUGCGACAGAAGCUAUGCGCACUGCAAAGAACCAGGAUGAGAUGGUUGGUGCGAUUCAUGCUGCAAGCGGGCUGGGUGUGCAGAUACUUAGCCCAGCUAUGGAGAGCAUGUUUGGUGCCAUGGGGGCACGCUCUGCGUUCGAACACGUAGAUGGCCUAUUUAUGGACCUUGGUGGAGGGAGUGUGCAGAUGACAUACCUGGAUUCGAAAAGCAAUGGGUACGAAACCCUGGCUGCGCAGAACGCGAAGAGUAUGCCCUACGGCGCUGCAAAAUUAACGGCUACUCUGCGAGUGGAAGAAGAGGGGACAACGCAAAAGCAGCUGAGGACUCAAAUGAGGGACACUUUUGAGGGAAUGAAGAAACAGUUCGCAGGGCUUAGAGCGCAGGCUGAAAGCAAAGAGGGAAUUUCAAUAUACUUUUGCGGCGGGGGCUUUAGAGGUUAUGGAAGCAUGCUUCGCCACACGCACGAAAUUCAGCCAUAUCCAAUUCCAGGAAUUGGUGGCUUUUCGGUUUCCGGCGCCAGCUUCGAAAAUUGGGAGGCAAUGCUCAAGGAGAACGAUAAAGAUGGCAAGAUCUUCGGAAUGUCCAAGCGCAGGCGCGAGCAAUUCCCUGCCAUUGCCAUGGUUGUCGGGGCUCUUGUUGAGGCAGUGCCAAAGAUAAAGCAAGUCACGUUUUGCAGUGGUGGGAAUAGAGAUGGUGUUCUGUAUAUGAAGCUAUCGCCCUCUCUCAGGCAGCAGGACCCUCUCCCUCUAUUGCUUGGUAGCUCAGAAUCUGUUACAGAUGCCUCUGUAAGCGCUGCUGUGAAACUGGUGAGGAGCGCCCUCCCCAAGGAUACCCCCAGCAUAUUUACGUCAGGACUUCUUGAUUACGUCGUUCGGAACACCUGGACUCAUCUGGGCAAUUCCGACGACCAGAAUGCUACGAGGUCAUUGCAUACCACAAUAUCAGGAUCCAUCGCUAGUCUUCCAGGGCUGACACAUGAGGUUCAAGCUAUUAUCGCCUUGACUUUAUGUGCUAGAUGGGGCAAUGAUCUUGGCCGAGCGGAUUCAGCCAUCCUUGAAAACCUUAGACUCUUAGUUGGCAAGAACGGCACCUUUUUCUGUGAUUACGUGGGUGCUAUUUUGAGGUUCCUGGUUGCUGUGUCUCCAGCAUAUCCAACUGAUCCCCUGUCACUCAAAGAAUUGAUUAAAUUUAACCCUACCCAUUCUACCACUCUCGGAAAGAAAGGUAAGAAAUCGGGCAUCAAGCUUCGGAUAACACCAAAUCCACUGGGACGUCUCUGGAUAGAAACUGGGAAACUGCUUGAUCUCUUCGACGGUCUUGGGAAAGGGCUAGGUAGUGGACUUCGUGUGGAAGCAGAACUUACUGAUUGAAUGUCAAAGUAAUGGAAGCCAUAUGACCACUUACGUGUCCAGGUCAUAUUAACGGCAUUUUUGGUUAACUACGAAGUGAAGCCUACUAUCAACUACUUCAAAAAGGGGUACCCGAAUAUCUAGGCUUCCUGUGCCAUUCUAGAUUUAAAUUCGGUGGGAAGCAUAAUUGGUGGCCAAACAUGGGUUGGGGCAUGUCACUGCAAAUAAUUACGAAAGAAAUCUUGAGACAGAUAUAUAUCCCAUAC